CAGGUAGCCACUAGCACCAGCCCAUCCGUUAUUUACGGCCUUUUCCUCCGCCCAGCCCUGCCUGACAGGAGCUGCCAGCACGGCAUCCAAAUGCCCCCAAAAUGCUUAAUGCCUGACCCGUUCCCGCAAAUCUGCACUCUCUCUCGCACACGCGCACACAUACCCCGGCACCACGGCCGGCAGGUGGUAGGCUACAGUAGCUCUCCCGUUGCAUUGGGCGCUUGUGGCCUCGCGACCCUAAUUCUCGCGACCCUCGCUCACCUCCCAACUCCUCUUCCCUUUCCUCACCCCACAAGUGGAGACUAUAGCUUGCCAUCCGCGCUCGGCGUAGGGCUUUCGCAUCUCCUAUCUCCUCUUCCUCUUGUUUCCUCUUCCCUUUCCUAGUGCUUUCCGCGUCUCUGUUCGGGCUGCCUGUGCUUGUACUUGCGCUUUCCCUUUUCGACUUUCCUUGUCGCCUACCACUAACCCACUAACCCACCCACCACCCUCCUCUUCGCCCCGCCACGACUCGCCCACCCGCCGCGUGGCCUUGUCU